AUGACAGAUGGCUUAACUAUGCAAGGUACACCGUACGACUUGGGUAACGAAGGGCAAGAGCAAAAUUCUAUCACCGAUUCAUCAAUUCAAGUCGAAAACAGCGCAGGUGGUUUGGUGUGGAAUGUUGAUGAUCUGAAUAGGUUUCGUCGUUUUUUGGUGUUAGGAAGUGAAACACCCACGUACUAUAUUGACGAAAGAACUUUAGGCUUAGAAAAUGAGCGAGUCCUUUCCAAUCUUUUGCAAGCAGGAAGAGGUGUUGAAGUUGUCAAUGAAAUAAAGAAGUAUAGCAUUGAAGGACGAACCGCAAGACAGCAGGCCAUCAUGUUUUCUCUCGCUGUUUGUGCGCGGAAAGGAGAUCUUGCCACAAAAAGAGAAGCAUACAAGGCUUUACCCAAGAUCUGUCGAAUUCCGACUCAUUUGUUUAUGUUUAUUAAGUUCUGCAAGUUGUUUAGUCAGCCUGGCAAAGGUUGGGGUCGUGCUCACAGGAAUGCAAUAAAACUUUGGUACAAAGUAAAAGAUCCUUGGAAACUGGCCAUGGAUCUCACCAAAUAUCAAAAGCGUGAAGGAUGGUCACAUAGGGAUGUUGCAAGGUUAAUGCAUCUCAAGCCAGAAGGAACUGAUGUUUCUGAUGAGUUGUUUGUGAUAAUGAAGUAUUCUGUUUGUGGUUGGCAAAAGGUUUUGACAUGUUUCUUUCCAGAAGAUAAGACAGUUCUACGUCGUCCUAUUGGAGAAAAUGGCAACGCAAUGCUAGUGUUUUUUAGGGCAGUUGAAAAUAUAAAAACAGCGCAAGAGGAGGCUAGAGUGGUUGAACUGAUAAACCAACAUAAUCUUGUUAGAGAACAUGUUCCUACACAUUUCCUUAAUUCCAAAGAGGUGUGGGAUGCUCUAUUAAAGAAAAUGCCAAUGACUGCAAUGAUACGUAACUUGAACAAAAUGACUUCCAUUGGCUUGCUUGCUGAAGGAUCACCUCAAGUUAAAGAUGUUUGUAAUAAACUGCAAAACGAGGAUCUGCUAAGAAAUGCACGUAUCCAUCCAUUUAAUAUGUUAUUAGCUUUGACAACAUACAAGUCUGGAAAGGGUGAGAAAGGUUCUCUUGAAUGGCAAGCCAAUGUGGAAAUCACCAAAGCAUUGGAGAAAGCAUUUUAUUUAUCAUUUAAGAAUGUUGAACCAACAGGUAAAAGUUACAUGCUAGCCAUGGAUGUAAGUGGCUCAAUGCAAUUCAGUGGAUGUAUUGGUGCAAGUUCAAUCAAACCUCAUGUGGCUUCUGCUGCAAUGGCUAUGAUGACAGCACGAACAGAAGAACAUCACAAAUUUGUUGCAUUUAGUCAUGAAAUAGUUCCAAUGGAGAUAUCCAGUAACAUGAAUUUGAAUGAAGUUUUAAAUGUUGCUAACAAUAUUCCAAUGGGUAAUACAGACUGUGCUCAGCCCAUGCUUUAUGCCACCAACAACAAAUUGAAGAUUGAUGUUUUUAUUGUUUACACAGACUCUGAAACAUAUUAUGGUGAUGUUACUCCAAGGGAGGCUCUAAAGCAAUAUCGUAAGCAUUCAGGGAUUUAUAAUGCUAAACUCAUUGUGGUUGCCAUGACAUCAAAUGGUUUCACCAUUGCUGACCCAGAUGAUCCCGGAAUGCUUGAUAUAGCUGGCUUUGACUCUGCUGCACCACAAGUGAUGAGAGAGUUUAUCUUGGGGAAUAUUUGAAAGACUUUUAGUAAAUAUCACGGUAUCUUCACAAAUGGCUUCAUGAUAUAAAAAAUUUCAUUUUAAACUCCCAAGUAACAAUACUAAAGCACUGUAGUGAAUUUAUCUGUCAUUUGCACAAUUUUUGUUUGCACUAUCUUGUAUACUACCAAUUUAUAGGAAUAAUUCAUACCUUUAGAGUUAAUACUUGUAAGUAAAAAAUAUAACAAAACAUUCAUCAUAGCUUAGCUAGCGGAAGCAAUCAUUGUGAAUUUAUCCUUUAUUUGCACAA